CGCGGGGCAGGGAGCCGAGAGCCAGUCUCCGCCUUGCAGCUCCGAGUGCGCUUGCUGCGCUGCCGCGGUCCGUGCCUGCGUCUGCCUUCCAGCCGCCGCCGCCACCAUGCCCAACUUCGCCGGCACCUGGAAGAUGCGCAGUAGUGAGAAUUUCGACGAACUGCUCAAGGCGUUGGGUGUGAACGCCAUGCUGAGGAAGGUGGCGGUGGCUGCGGCGUCCAAGCCGCACGUGGAGAUCCGCCAGGAUGGGGAUCAGUUCUACAUUAAGACGUCCACCACGGUACGCACUACCGAGAUCAACUUCAAAGUCGGAGAAGGCUUCGAGGAGGAGACAGUGGACGGACGAAAGUGCAGGAGUUUAGCCACUUGGGAGAAUGAAAACAAGAUCCACUGCACACAAACUCUCCUUGAGGGGGACGGGCCCAAAACCUACUGGACCCGUGAGCUGGCCAACAACGAGCUCAUCCUGACGUUUGGUGCGGAUGACGUGGUCUGCACGAGAAUUUAUGUUCGAGAGUGA